UCAGGUGAUCUCUAGAGAGGAUUCUGAUUGGUGGAUGAUCUGAGGGAACCUUUCCGGCGGCGGGAGGGGGCGGGACAGUCAAUACUGUUGGACCCGGGGUCAGGAGAGGGAGCGCGCGCGGUAUGGGGGACCCGGACAUGGAUUAUACCAUUGUGUUACCGGAGGCGGCGCUGCAAGGACGUCACUGGGAGCAGCAGAGGGAGCCGGUGGUGAUUCUUCUGGGGUGGGGGGGAUGUAAAGACAAGAACCUGGCGAAGUACAGCGACAUCUACCACAAAGAGGGCUGUGUCGUGAUCAGAUACACCGCCGCCUGGCGCACCGUCUUCAUUGCGGAAUCCUUCGGCCUCAGCUCCCUCCGGGAUCAGGCAAAGAAACUUCUGGAGCUUCUGUUUGAUUACGACAUCGACAAGAAUCCGAUUGUGUUCCACGUGUUCAGCAAUGGCGGCUUCAUGCUGUACCGCUACAUGGUGGAGCUGCUGCACUCUCACCGCCAGCUCAGUCGACUCCGCGUGGUUGGCACCAUAUUCGACAGCGCUCCAGGAAACCGCAACGUCCUGGGGUCUGUGCGGGCGCUGAAUACGGUCCUCGCUCCCCGCACCAACUUCGUGCUGCGCUACCUGGCGCUGCUCUUAUUCGCCAUCUUGGUGUUCGUCUUGAGGAUCCUGCUGUAUCCGGCCACGCGGUUCCUGCACAAGAAUCAUUACGACGCCAUGAAGAGCGACCCUUCCCUUUGGCCUCAUCUCUAUCUUUACUCACAUGGCGACAAAAUCAUUGCGCACAGCGACAUCGAGAACAUGGUGGAUAUCCGACGGCGCCGCCACCUCCCCACACACUCUGUAGACUUUGAGAAAUCGGAGCACGUCUGCCAUUACCGCAGGUAUCCGGAGAGGUACGCCGCCAUCUGCAGAUCCUUCCUCAGAGACUGCGUCAGCAAAGCGUCUGCGUUCAGCAGCGAGAUCCCCUCAUUCUAACCAGAUGGAGAGUGCGGUGUGCGCCACGGUGUGCGCCAUUUUCUAAUGGUUGCUGUGAUUUUACUAGUGCCUUCUGUUAUCAGCCGGAAUCUGGAUGAAUUGUGGUUUAUUGUUUUUUGAACUUUUUUUUCUUUCAACUGAGAGAGAAUUUAUUUUACUGAUUUUACCAAAACUUUAUUUGUAGAUCUAAGAAGAAGAAUUUCGUAAUGUGCCUUAAUGGCGUUUACGGGAAAACUCUCUUAUACAGCGUUUCAUGCACCGAUCUCCAUCUGAAAUGCACUGGAGUAACCUGAGGACAUCAGAUCGUCAUGAAUACAGUGAGUGGUCUCCGGGGGGCGCUGCUUCCUUUCUGCACUAGUUUCAUACACAGAUUCACCAUUGUGCGGUCUUGGAUGAUCUGGAUUUGUUCUCCGCCCCCAGCGCAGUUUGUGGAUGAAAUAAAACAGAGAUGUUUAAUAAACGGUUGUAACAAAUUCUGUGUCCCCCAUGUGAU